AUGAACUCAACAGUGUUAGUGUUUCAUCCACCCGCUUUUGUGAUCAUGGGACAGAAGAGAAAGAGAGAUUGUUUUUCUGACAGCGAUUGCGUUAUUGUGCACAAUACCCAUCUUGGUGCACAAACAAAAUCCUGCCCCAACGAGGUUCUUCAGCCCGUUGAAGAGAGGCGGCCAUCAAAAAAGAUGAGGAGCAGGUCGCCCUCUAGUUACUUCUCUGCUCAAAGUGUCACCUCUGAGGAGAGAAAUACUGAAUAUUAUGAUUCCUUCAUGGAUUGCUCUGUGGAGAAUCAUGAAGUUCUGAGAACUGACACCAGCAGCAGCGGCCUGAGUCUUGACGAGGCCAGCUCCAGUUCCAGCUCCAGCAAGACAUCCAGCUCCUCUUCCAGCAGCCCGUCCAGCUCCAGCAGCAGCCUUGGUGGUCAGCAGGUCCAAGGUCCAGAUCAAGACAUCGACAAUGAUAUUUUGGGCCGCUACAGAAUUGUGAAAAAGCUUGGUGAGGGAGGAUACGGCACAGUGUUUGAAGCAGUUCGUGUGAUGGAUGGUCUUGAGGUGGCAAUGAAGGUGGUUUUGAAGAACAAUGACCUGGAUUAUCUCAGCAUUCCUGGUCAUCCUACACCCCUUCCGUUAGAGGUUGCUCUAACGAUUCUUGCCAACGAAGGUCCAAACGUUCCUCAGAUAAUCCAGAUGUUGGAGUGGCAGGAGCGGCCCGACUCCUAUAUAAUGAUCUUGGAGCGCCCCUCACCCUGCGAAGACCUUUUUGAUUUUCUGGAGCGGCACGGAGGAACCCUCAGCGAGGACAUGACGCGGCACAUCAUGUGGCAGGUAGUGCAGGCUGCCCACAUGUGCUGUCAGCGAGGGGUCCUCCAUCGAGACAUAAAACUAGAAAACCUGCUGAUAAACAAGGAGACCCUGGAGGUGAAGCUCAUUGACUUUGGCUGUGGUGACCUCCUGAAGACCUCUGCCUACACAACAUUCUGUGGAACUGAAGAUUACUGUCCACCUGAAUACAGAUCUAGUGGCAGAUAUUACGGUAAAGCGGCAACCGUUUGGUCACUGGGGGUUCUCCUAUAUGAACUGCUGUGUGGAGAACCUCCAAAACACAGUGACCUGGAAUUGACCAAUGAAAGAAUUUGGAUCAAAUCUGGAUUGUCAAAAGAGUGUUGCCAACUGGUCCAGUCCUGCCUUCAGAGGAGCCCAAAGAAGAGGAUCGCUUUGGGGAAACUCAGCAGCCAUAGCUGGUUCAAGGUAUUCAAUUCUACAUUUUCUAUCUUGAGCAUUUUUACACAGGAUGUUUCUACAAGUGUCACCAGAUAA